AUGCCUCCAAGGAGGGGAACGACAUCCAGGGACGUCGCCAACGCCGGCACCGACCCAAGUUGGAGCUGGGUUUUCACUCGGACUUCAUCUCCCGAACUGGGACAGACGGAGCUACACAGGCCACCAGCAGCCACCUCGCGCCAGACACCACCGCACGCCCACAGCCGCACCCGCGACGUCCCCCGCGCCCCUGCGCGCGCCUCUGAGGACCUCAACACCAGCGCCUCGCCCCAGGCCCACGUGGCCCAGAUCCGUCCCGGCGGCGCACAUGCCGCCCCGCCUCGAGCGGCCGAAGCGCCUCCCGCGCCGCGGCCUCCUGCCACCGCACCACGGCCACCCGCGCAGCGCACCGCGCCACCGCGCAAGCCAUCAGCUCCGCCGCCACCCCGCGCUGCCUGCAGAGCCCCGCACGCCCCCAUUCGCGGGGGUAGAAGAAAGAAAAACCGCCCCGCCGCCACCUUCCCCCGGGAGCGCAUGGCUUUGCCGGCCGCCCUCCGGCGGCGGCGCUGUGAGGAAUCCCUGUGA